AUGUUGCCUCGUGGUUUGGCUGGAAAUCCCGACCUCCGCUGGAGGUUUUAUCGACUGAAAGUGACGGAGAAAGAGGGUGUGCCUGUAUUGCUCACCAGGAAUAGCUAUCUACGAUGCAAUACCUUUGACAAGAUCUUAUGCAGAUUUUUGAGUUUUUGUUUUGUCAGGGCUUGUAGGGGCUGCAGCUCUUCCAUAUCUUGCUUCACAAUAGCUUUUUUACUUGCAACACUUUAUAGUGUCACCAACAGAAGUGGACAAAAAGACUUGUAUAGCUAUGAUCGGAGGAAUCCUUUUGAUUUUCAAAAAGGAUGGUUUUUGUGGGCUGGAAUAGGUCUUGUUGAGCCUUUAUUACUAUCUUACUUGGAGUUGUCAUGGCCUUUUUCAGUGGUGAGCCACCUCAAAGAGAGCUGCAGAAAAGAAGCGGGAAAACACGAUUUAGGGGGCUGGGAGAGUGACACCUGGCGAUUUUGUACUUAUAUUUUAAGUUGGUUUUUCGUUCAUAACUGCUUCUACUCCUUCAUUCCUAAACCCAUAGAGGCGAUUGUUGUGAUUUGGAGUACCAGUGUCAAGAUGGAGAAACCCAAAGGCGACCUGAAAAGAGAUGUCAAGACUGAACUUGAAAACCUUUAUGUCAUUGUCGAAAUAUUCAGAUUCAAGGGCUGGGGCAAAAUUUUCUAAAGAAAAUUUAAAUUGAUGGAUUCCAUUGGAAAAUUGAGACUUUAACCGGCCUGAAUUCCACGGCUUGAAUUUUGACCAUUGGUUUUUCAUCUCUAGCAUUAAGCAUUUAAGUAACAACAUGAAGCAAAGAAGAAAUUUAUGACAUCAAAGGGAAGUCAGAACUCAAGC